AUGUCCGCCUUCAACGUGGUGUUCGGUUGCGUAAUGGCACUUCUAAUAAUUUUGUUUACAAUUAGCUCUAUGGCUAGAUAUUACAUAAAGUUUACACUCUUUAUUGUGCUUUCAUUAAUAUUCGCAUCGGUUCCUUUGCCGCUGAUGUUCUUCAGGCCCUUCAGUCCGAAGAAUGCUCUAAUACCAGCAUAUUUCUUGCGACUGACAGCUCGUUUCCUUGGGAUCCGCUGGACGGUUCGAGGACUUGAGAACGUGGAUGAUUCCCGUGGCGCUGUAGUAUUAUUAAACCAUCAGAGUAGUUUGGAUCUGUAUGUAUUGGCAGUGCUAUGGCCGCUUAUGGAGCGAUGUACGGUGGUUGCCAAGCGUUCUCUCCAGUACUCCGUUCCCUUCGGCACAGCCACCUGGAUGUGGGGUACCGUGUUUAUAGAUCGAGGUGCACAAUCCGCCCGUUCAGUUCUCAAUAAACAAACUGACGCCGUCAAAUGUCAUAAGCGGAAAUUAUUAUUAUUUCCCGAGGGUACGCGGCACGGAGGUGACAAGCUUCUGCCCUUCAGGAAAGGAGCGUUCCACGUGGCUUUGAAUGCAGAGGCACCGAUCCAGCCGAUCGUUGUAUCGAAAUAUCAUUUCUUGGAUUCCAAACGCCAUCGAUUUGGUUCAGGUGAAAUUAUAAUAACGAUUCUGCCGCUGAUAGAAACGAAGGGUCUGACCAAGGAUGACAUCGAUGCUUUAGUGGAGACGACUCAAACUAAAAUGCAAGAGGAAUUUACAAACACGUCAGCUGAGACGUAUUCGAGGCUCUCUCUUAAGAGUAAUUGA